AAAAAGAAGAGUAAAAAACAGUAUCAACAAUAACAUUGAAUUGAUUUGUUAAAACACCACUAUUUAUCACUUAAUUCCAGUUGAAAACUUCGGUUUAAUCAUGUUCAAGAGAGUCUGCUGUGCCCUGUAAUUCAAAUGCGUUCAUCAGUUAGUUAUAUACUGUCGAGUAGUACCAGUGAGCCGAACAUGUCUCACCCCGAUUACGAACAGUACUCUCAUGAUCACGCCUCCCUUCUGGUGCUUGUGAAGCACAUAGGUACGCAAUUGAAGCCCAAAGUAUUCUCGAAAUAUUUCGAUAGAAUCAGCAAGUUGGCUAGCGUGAGAAUAACGGAUUCCACUGGAACUGUGAGGAACAUAUUGUUGCGUUAUGUUAAAGAAUAUCCAGUGGAGAAUAACGAUUGGGGAGAUUUUCAAACUCAUAGACGUUUGCUCGGGUUGAUAUCGUUAGGGAAAUAUGAUUCCCAACAGGAGCUCAACGAAAUAUGUAGAGUACAUGAAAGCUUUAAAGUUAAAUAUAACACGACUCUCUUCGAUUCGAGGUGUAUUUUGUUUGGACCAACGAAAGAUUCGGAGUCUCCAUCAGACGAAAAUCCUACUUCGAGUAGUUCAGGAGACAGUGAAAAUUCAUCGGAAAAUAAAAUUGAGAAAUAUACAACACCUAGUAACUUCAAAACUAGAGCGCUAUUCUACGACGUUUCCUCGGCCUGUUUAGACUUAGAGAACCAGCUAAACGAAUUCGUCAAUUCCCUCUUUUGGGUGCUGGAUUCCAAAAGAGUGGAAAGGUCUAGAGAAAAAUUAGAAAGAGUAUCGUUACUGUUAGCACCAUUCGAGAAGAAAGAUUUCGUUGGAUUGGAUAUGGAAUCGAGGAACAACAAAAAGAGGUGUACAGGUCGAAUGACGAAGCAUUUAGGAGACUUGUAUUUACAAACCGGCCUGUUAGCAGAAAGCAUAACUUACUACUCUCAAGCCGUAGACAUUCUGAAAUCCAUCAACGAUUGGCUAUGGCUCGGAGCGGCUUACGAAGGCUUAUGCGCAGCGUCUGCCUUAGUCCUUUACCCCGAUAUGCAAAGAAACGUGCCCUUGCAAAGGAAUGCAAGUCUACAGGAAGGCUCCCCCAGGAAGUCGAGCCAAACCCCACCGGCUAUCGGUUUGCUAAAUAAAAAAACUAUCUCGAAUGCAUUAAUCCCCGAAGAGAUAUCGAAGAAGUACAGAGAGGCCAUUAUACAUUACAGCAAGUACCAAAACGCCGGGAUAAUCGAGACCGAGGCGAGUUUCAAAGCAGCUAGGAUCACCGUAGAGCAAAGUCACGCCUUACAAGCCGCAAGCUUCCUACAAAACGUCGUUUACAUUAAUUUACAAUUAUCUGAACAAGAAAAAAUUCAAAGAUUCGAAACGCUCGCCGAUUUGUACUCGCAAAUCGGUUUUUGUAGGAAAGCGGCCUUUUGCCUAAGGCUAGCAGCCACACGAUACGUUUCUCCGCAAAAUCCCUCUCCGAAUUGGAGUCGCUGCUACGCUUUGAUGCUCCAGAGCUUAUCCGGACACCACCUGAACUUGGACCCCGUUGAGAUGAGGGCCGCCGAUCAAGGAUGGCCCGCUUUGCAGAUUCAACUAAUUCAGGAAUUGGUGGUUGCUGCUAGAAGAACAGGCCACUCGGCAUUGGCUACUAGACACAUGACCUUUCUUCUACAAACAAUGUGGCCUCACUUGAAUUCUACAGAACAAAAAGAGCUAGCUGUUCAAUUACAGAGCCUCUCGGCUCAGUGCGAAGGAUCGCCCGUUCCGUUGGUUUUAGAUAGCGGAUUGGUGGUUCCUCCGGCGAAUCUUACCGACAUACCUCUUUGCGCCGCUUUUACACCGAAAGACUUGCAAUCCCAUUUGAGGCCCAGGCGAAUCGAGAGCAACAAGCAAGAUACAGGACCUUUUUUAUUUACCCCUAUUCAUUUUGGAGGUGGUGGGAGUUUAGACAGAAGAUCGAGGAAGAGCAUCUCCAAAUUAGAUUUUCUUUGGGUACAAAAUGAAAUGUGCGAGGUGCAACUGAAACUGGUCAAUCCGUUGCCUUUUGAAUUGAAAGUUUCCAACAUGAGAUUGCUAACUGGAGGUGCGGUGUUUGAGUCAUUGCCUGAAACUAUAGUUUUGCCUCCUGACGUUCCCACUUCCUUGACUCUGAGCGGCUGGGCUAGAGAGAGCGGUGAAUUGGAAUUAUCCGGAUACAGCACGCAUACUUUAGGAGUGAAAUCGAACUGUCGCCUGAGGCACAUGCCGGUUUCAUCGAACUUUCCGCCUUAUUACAAGGUUCAAGUGGUGCCUACGUUGCCUAUUUUAGAAGUUUCUACUACAUUUCCCACCUACGUGUCGUUCUCGAAUUUCCAAGACGAAAACACAGUGACUUCGGCCAGCGUGAGUUUGUACCACGGCGAAAGCAUCGAGUGUACUCUAACUUUGAAGAACAUCAGCGACGUACCGGUGGAAAUGUUGGAUAUCGAAAUAAACAGUAUAUUGGAGCAUUCGUUGCAAGAUCAGAUAUUUAAAUGGGACAACGAGGAAGUUCAGAAACUUUUACCCAUUCCGCCCGGCGAAAGUAUCGGCGUGACUCUACUGUUCCAUUCGGCAGCCAACUUCUUAGCUCCUAACGUGGCCGUUUCGCCUACUAUUCCUCAAGAUAUGAGUAGCGGGCCGUUCAGCAGCAUGUCGCCUUCCAUACCAGGAGGUUCCUUGCCUUCGAGGUAUAAUUCGAGCUUUCGUUCAACUAAUUCGGGUCAAUCGAGCUUAGCAGCCGGGCUUACAUCUCUGUUUCAACAACAACAACUUUCCACGUCCGUCGAGGCUCAGUUGAAAUUGAAAUACAGCGGAUCCGAAGGUCUCACUUCGGAGUAUUGCAGGUCCUGUUCGGUUUUCUUAAUGCUGGAUAUGACGCCAUCUCUACAGGUUACCAACUGGGACGUACUUCCUGCUGAAACUCAUUCCCAGUUUUAUCUCGUGCUGGAUAUCGCGAAUUUGACUGGCCAAGAAAUGGAACUUCAGUACACUCCUACUAAAACUAUGCUUAUCGAAGGCCACGAAAGCUGCAGGGUGCCGAUUCCGGUGGAUAGAUGCCCCUUAUCCAAACUUUCUGGCUUAUACCAGGAGUUAAACGAAGGAAACGUCGACGCUAGAAACGAAAUAGACGUUAAUAAAAUCUGUUCAGAGCACAUCACAGAUCUUGUGGUGUUAAAAUGGCAUUUGCUCGGAUCUGAUAAUAGAGGUGUCGCUUCGUUGAAGGGUAUAACUUUAACAUCCAGAAUGUUGGAUAUUGUUAGGAUGUCGCCUUUAGAUUGGGAGGUAAAAAUUAAUGGAGAUGUCGUGAAAGCUCAGGAGGAAGUAACGUGUGAAGCUGGUGAUUGUUUGAAUUUAAAAAUGUCUAUUGUGAACAGUCUACAGAAAACCUUGCAACAGCUUACUUUGAGUGUACAAUUUUAUCAAGAUUACGAAAAUGGUACCUUGAAUUACAGAAUGGAUACAAGACUGGCUACAGCCGGUUGUACAAAAAAAUUGUUUUCAUCGUUGGAACCGCAAGCUGCAGUCGAUCACGAAUGUAACGUGAUAUUUUUCACGCCUGGUUAUUACAAGCUGGAUAUUCAGUGUUGCGCGCCUGAAUGUUUAACAGCUCCGAAAAUUAAUCCUUUGAUAUCUCAAGGGCACGUUUGGAGAUUUACGCCGACAGUCUCGUUCCAAGUGAAUUAAAAUCGUUUCCUUUAAUUCACGCUUUUUGACUGAACAAUGUACUUUUGCAAUAUUAUCUAGUCUUAAGAGUUAUAUUUUAAAUUACUGAGUAAGUAUAAGUAAAGUUAAUUUUGUUGGUGGAAUAAAUAUUUUUGUUUCACUACACGUCAAUCUAUCCAGGCAUGACUUUACUACAUUACUGUAAUGUCGGACAUUAUUUUGCACAAGGGUACAAAUUAUUAAUCAAAUAUACUGAUAUAUUCGGUAAUGUUUAAUUUCAAAAUUAUUCAUUAAGUAAAUAAAGGCAACUAUAAUAAACAAUAAAAUACUAAUAUCACAAUGAAAAAAAUUAAAUCUUAAAGCACAUUUCGUAUGUAGGUGGCUUCUCUGGUAUAUUCGAUAUAUCCAAGUCGUCACUUUGAAACCAUUUGAUGUCUCCUUCCGAUAAAUCUUCUAAUUUGGAAUAAAUGCUAGAAUCAACUUGUUUAGGUAGAGUAGCUGGUGCAGGGUUUUGUUGGUUUCUAAAUAUGUUGUUAUUGAAACCUUGCGGUUGAUCAUUCGCCGGAGGUUGAUUAAACAUGGGCGUUUGGGGAUUUUGUGUAGGUUGUACGAACUGGUUGUUUGGAGGUGCAAAAGAAGCUGCUACGGGUUGUGCAGCGCCAAAAAUAUUCUGUGCUUGUGGAGCAGGUUGAUUCUGGUUCGCGUUAGCGAAUAUAUUACCACUGUGUGCUGGCUGGUUGUUGGUGAAUAUCGAUCCUGUGUUAGUUUGUGAAGGAACCGGUUGGGUGUUGAAAAUAGAGUUGCUUUGUGCGCUCAUGUUGUUAUUUGCUUGAUUAAAAAUACUUCCAGUAGGUGCAGGUGGCACUUUUCCAAAGACAUUGCUCUGUUGGUUCGCAAAUAUAUUUUGUGUGUUUUGAUUAUUUACGUUACUUCCACCAAAUACGUUAUUUGCUUGAUUAUUAAAUGCAUUCUGUUGAGUAUUCCCAAAGAUGCUUUGGUUCGGUUGAUUGAACAGAGUAGUUGUAUUCUGUUGAUUUAUUCCUCCUGAAUUGAAACUGAAGUUACUAGUAACAUUGGUUUGUGUGUUUCCUGUAAAUGUUCCGGCUUGUGAUGAUGGAGGAGUAUUGUAAAUGUUCACAAGCAUGUUUAUUAUAUCCGGUGAUGGAUUCUGAAGUGACCUCACUUUUAUUAAAACUUCCUGAACUUUUCCCUGUAUUUGUUGUUUCUGCAAAAACAAGUUUAAGUACAACACAAAAGAGAUGAAAUACCACUUACGUAUUGCUCAACUGUGUUUGUUUUUACGGCUUCGUAAUAAGCGAAUCUUAAUUCUUCGAAACUGAGGUCUUCAAAUCCAGGAAAUAUUGGCUUUUCUUUGUAAGGAGCGUAGCAGGAAAAUAGCCAUUGUCCACCUUUUUCUGCCUGUGUCAUAUCGGAUACUACAGAUUUAACUAGCAUAUUCGUAUCUACUGCUGGUUUUUCUUGUGCUGGUUGUGCGAAUUUAGGUUGAUUAAAGUUGGAAGUUCUUAGCACCGACGUUCCUCCCG